AUGCCUCUCGAGACAAUAUACGUCGUUCGCCAUGGGUUCCGGUCUAGUUGGUCUGUCGACCACACCACGGGAGUGUACUCGGCUUCCAUCCCAUCACCAACAGGAAUUGCUGUGGACCCGGCCCUCACCGCUCACGGAGUCGAUCAGUCAAGAGAGCUUGGGCGUCACCUCACGACGCUGGAUCCUCCCGUAGAGGCUGUAUAUUCGAGCCCGUACUAUCGGUGCCUCCAGACCAUUACCCCGUUUGUUGAGCUUGAGCAGCAGAAACAGGCCAAUGGCCACGUUGUGGGCAGUCACGUCCCCUCUGCAGCCUCUGCCACCUCUGCCACCGUGAUAAUACGUCCUGAGCACGGACUCUGCGAGUGGUUCGGGUCGGCUCCUUUCGAGCAUCCCGGCCCAGCCUCACCCGCGGUCUUGAAAUCCUUGUUCCCUGCCUUUGACGAGAGCUACGUGUCGGCCCAGCAUCCCCCAAAGAGGGGCGAGACGCUGGCUCAGCUGCAGGCCCGGCUUACGGCCACGAUGCAGAGUAUCAUUGAUCGCUGCGACGCUGAAGAUAGGCGAGCCGUUGUUCUGUGUACUCACGCGGCCGUCGUCAUUACGUUGGGCCGGAUUCUCACUGGACGCUUCCCUGAAACAGUCGACACGGACGAUUUCCAUGCCUUUACGUGCGGAGUGAGUGUCUACCGCCGGAAACUUGUCAACCAGGAUGGCCAUGGGCCGCAGGCAACGAGGAAUUCGACUGAGAAAGAGCCCGGCCCUGAUGCUGUUGUUGGAGGUUGGACGUGCGAGGCCAACAGCGACUGCAGCUUCUUGACCGGUGGCGAAGAACGAGGCUGGAAGUUUGCAGGAGACGAGGAGUUUCCAGACACAGGCUCCAUGUCCAAUGAUGCAUCGGAGCCCAAGCUAUAG